AAAAUAAAGACAAUGGAGAAGGUGUGGAGUGUGGCGGAGGCAGACACCACGUGCACUCUCCUCUCUUCUCCUCCUUCUCCUUCUCUUCUUCAUCUGCCAUUAUUAAGUCUUCCGACCCCACAUCCUUCCUUCUUCUCUAACUCCAACCUAACCCUCUCUUCCCUCUCCCGCUCUUUAAACCCCUCUCUCUCUCCCCUUCUCUUUCUGUAUUACUAUUCUUCUGGAGCUUUGAUAUGGUUUUUUGACUUGCUCUCAAGCGAAUUGUACCACGAGGUUUGCAGCUUUUCUUAAUUUGAGAAUAUAUCUGAAGCUCACAGGACAGUAACAAUGGCUGGCUAUAUUAAUGGGUAUCAAAGUGCUGUAGUACCCGGUAGAAAUCAUGUGUCGGUGUCUGAGGUUGAUGAGUUUUGUAAAGCCCUUGGAGGGACAAGGCCAAUCCACAGUAUUUUGAUAGCUAACAAUGGAAUGGCAGCUGUGAAGUUUAUACGCAGUGUCAGAACAUGGGCUUACGAAACAUUUGGCUCCGAAAAAGCCAUAUUAUUGGUGGGGAUGGCAACCCCUGAAGACAUGCGUAUCAAUGCAGAGCAUAUCAGAAUCGCUGAUCAGUUUGUGGAGGUUCCGGGAGGAACGAACAAUAACAAUUAUGCCAACGUUCAGCUUAUUGUCGAGAUGGCCGAAAUAACACGCGUGGAUGCAGUUUGGCCUGGAUGGGGUCAUGCAUCUGAAAAUCCUGAAUUACCUGAUGCCCUAAAGGAAAAAGGAAUAAUAUUUCUUGGUCCUCCAGCAGCUUCAAUGGCAGCAUUAGGGGAUAAGAUUGGUUCAUCGUUGAUUGCACAAGCUGCUGAUGUACCCACUCUGCCGUGGAGUGGUUCUCAUGUUAAAAUACCUCCGGACAGCAGUUUGGUAACCAUUCCCGAGGAGAUCUACAGGCAAGCUUGUGUAUACACAACUGAAGAAGCGAUUGCUAGUUGUCAAGUUGUUGGUUACCCAGCAAUGAUCAAAGCAUCUUGGGGUGGUGGCGGUAAAGGCAUUCGGAAGGUUCAUAAUGCUGAUGAGGUUAGGGCUCUGUUCAAGCAAGUUCAGGGUGAGGUCCCAGGCUCACCGAUAUUCAUAAUGAAGGUUGCUUCACAGAGUCGGCAUUUAGAGGUCCAGCUGCUCUGUGACCAGUACGGAAAUGUUUCAGCUCUGCAUAGCCGUGAUUGUAGUGUCCAGAGAAGACACCAAAAGAUCAUAGAGGAGGGUCCAAUCACCGUGGCUCCGCAAGAAACCGUCAAGAAGCUCGAACAGGCAGCUCGAAGGUUGGCUAAGAGUGUUAAUUAUGUUGGAGCCGCCACUGUUGAGUAUCUCUACAGCAUGGACACUGGGGAGUACUACUUCUUAGAGCUUAACCCUCGGUUACAGGUUGAGCACCCAGUAACUGAGUGGAUUGCCGAGAUAAAUCUUCCCGCUGCCCAAGUUGCUGUAGGGAUGGGAAUUCCUCUCUGGCAGAUCCCUGAGGUAAGACGGUUCUAUGGUAUAGAACAUGGUGGAGGUUAUGAUUCUUGGAGGAAAACAUCUAUUGUAGCCUCCCCUUUUGAUUUUGAUGAAGCUGAAUCUAUAAGGCCAAAAGGUCAUUGUGUGGCUGUACGCGUGACAAGCGAGGAUCCUGAUGACGGGUUUAAACCCACCAGCGGUAAAGUACAGGAGUUGCAUUUUAAGAGCAAGCCAAAUGUGUGGGCGUACUUCUCUGUCAAGUCUGGUGGAGGCAUCCACGAGUUCUCAGAUUCCCAGUUUGGACAUGUUUUUGCAUUUGGGGAAUCCAGGGCCCUGGCAAUAGCAAAUAUGGUUCUUGGGCUAAAAGAAAUUCAAAUUCGUGGAGAAAUUAGGACUAACGUUGAUUACACGAUUGACCUUCUACAUGUAUGCCUCCUUCUUCCUACACACAAAAGUUACACGCUGUGUGUUGCAAUGUACCCUGACAAGAUUGUUUUUAUUGUUGAUCAGGCUUCUGAUUACCGGGAAAACAAAAUUCACACUGGUUGGUUGGAUAGUAGAAUUGCUAUGCGGGUCAGAGCAGAAAGGCCUCCAUGGUAUCUCUCUGUAGUCGGCGGGGCUCUCUAUAAAGCAUCAGCGACCAGUGCAGCGGUGGUCUCAGAUUAUGUUGGUUAUCUUGAGAAGGGGCAAAUUCCCCCAAAGCAUAUAUCUCUUGUGCAUUCUCAAGUAUCUCUGAACAUUGAAGGAAGUAAAUAUACGAUUGAUGUGGUCCGGGGUGGAUCUGGAAGCUACCGGUUAAGAAUGAACAAAUCAGAAGUUGUAGCAGAAAUACACACUCUACGUGAUGGAGGUCUGUUGAUGCAGUUAGAUGGUAAAAGCCAUGUGAUAUAUGCAGAGGAAGAAGCGGCAGGAACCCGUCUUCUCAUUGACGGAAGAACUUGUUUGCUACAGAAUGAUCACGAUCCUUCGAAGUUGAUCGCUGAGACACCGUGCAAGCUGCUGAGGUAUCUGGUUUCAGAUAACAGCAGUAUUGAUGCUGAUAUGCCCUAUGCGGAAGUUGAGGUCAUGAAGAUGUGCAUGCCACUUCUAUCACCUGCGUCAGGAGUUAUACAUUUCAAAAUGUCUGAAGGACAAGCCAUGCAGGCUGGUGAACUUAUAGCCAAGCUUGAUCUUGAUGAUCCUUCUGCUGUAAGAAAGGCCGAACCCUUCCAUGGAAGUUUCCCAAGGUUAGGACUUCCAACGGCAAUUUCUGGUAAAGUUCAUCAGAGAUGUGCUGCAACUUUAAAUGCUGCUCGCAUGAUUCUUGCCGGAUAUGAGCAUAAAGUUGAUGAGGUUGUUCAAGACUUGCUUUGUUGCCUUGAUAGCCCUGAACUCCCGUUCCUUCAGUGGCAAGAAUGCUUUGCAGUUCUGGCAACACGUCUACCUAAAGAUCUCAGGAUCAUGCUAGAAUCAAAGUACAGAGAAUUUGAGAGUAUCUACAGAAAUUCCCUGACGGCAGAUUUCCCUGCCAAACUUUUAAAAGGCAUUCUUGAGGCUCAUUUAUUAUCUUGUGAUGAGAAAGAGAGAGGUGCACUGGAAAGGCUCAUUGAACCAUUGAUGAGUCUUGCAAAGUCUUAUGAAGGUGGUAGAGAAAGUCAUGCCCGUGUUAUUGUUCAUUCCCUUUUUGAAGAAUAUCUAUCAGUAGAAGAAUUAUUCAAUGAUAACAUGCUGGCUGAUGUUAUUGAACGAAUGCGUCAGCAAUACAAGAAACAUCUGUUAAAGAUUGUGGAUAUAGUACUCUCACACCAGGGCAUAAAAAACAAAAACAAACUCGUGCUCCGGCUCAUGGAGCAGCUUGUUUACCCUAAUCCUGCUGCGUACAGAGAUAAACUUAUCCGAUUCUCGACACUUAAUCAUACUAAUUACUCCGAGUUGGCGCUCAAGGCGAGUCAAUUGCUCGAACAGACCAAACUAAGUGAACUUCGUUCAAACAUUGCUAGAAGCUUGUCAGAGUUAGAAAUGUUUACAGAGGAUGGAGAAAAUAUGGAUACUCCCAAGAGGAAGAGUGCCAUUAAUGAAAGGAUGGAAGAUCUUGUGAGCGCAUCUUUAGCUGUUGAAGAUGCUCUCGUGGGACUAUUCGACCACAGCGAUCACACACUUCAGAGACGGGUUGUUGAGACUUACAUUCGCAGGUUAUACCAGCCCUACGUCGUUAAAGAAAGCGUGAGGAUGCAGUGGCACCGUUCUGGUCUUAUUGCUUCCUGGGAGUUCCUAGAGGAACAUAUGGAAAGAAAAAGCAUUGGCUCAGAUGAGCUCGAGACAUCUGAAAAAGGAUUUGUUGAGAAGCAUAGUAGGAGAAAAUGGGGGGCUAUGGUAAUAAUCAAAUCGUUGCAGUUUCUGUCGAGUAUAAUUAGUGCAGCAUUGACAGAAACAAACCACAACAACUAUGAAUCUACCGGAGCUCCUUUAUCUGGCAAUAUGAUGCACAUUGCUAUUGUGGGCAUCAAUAAUCAGAUGAGUCUUCUUCAGGACAGUGGGGACGAGGACCAAGCUCAAGAAAGAGUAAAUAAGCUGGCCAAAAUUCUCAAAGAGGAAGAAAUUAGUUUUAGCCUCUGUUCUGCUGGUGUCGGUGUGAUAAGCUGUAUAAUUCAGCGAGAUGAAGGACGAACACCCAUGAGACAUUCUUUUCAUUGGUCGAUGGAGAAACGGUAUUAUGCAGAAGAGCCGUUGCUGCGUCAUCUGGAGCCUCCUCUGUCCAUAUACCUUGAGUUGGAUAAGCUGAAAGGGUACUCCAAUAUGCAGUAUACGCCUUCACGAGAUCGUCAAUGGCAUAUGUAUACUGUAACAGACAAGCCAUUGCCAAUCAAGAGGAUGUUCCUGAGAUCUCUUGUUCGACAGGCUACGAUGAACGAUGGCUUUAUGUUGCAGCAAGGGCAAGAUAAGCAAAUUAACCAAACACUGUUCUCCAUGCCCUUUACAUCGAAAUGCGUUCUUAGGUCUUUGAUGGAUGCCAUGGAGGAAUUGGAACUGAAUGCCCAUAAUGCUGCCAUGAAACCAGACCACGCACAUAUGUUCCUUUGCAUACUACGCGAGCAGCAGAUAGAUGAUCUUGUGGCUUACCCCAGGAAAGUUGAAGUGAAUGCAGAGGACGAAGAAAGUACAGUCGAGAUGAUCUUAGAAGAAGCAGCUCGAGAGAUACACAGGUCAGUCGGAGUGAGAAUGCAUAGGUUGGGUGUGUGCGAGUGGGAAGUGCGGCUGUGGUUGCUGUCCUCUGGACUAGCAAGUGGCGCUUGGAGGGUUGUGGUUGCAAACGUGACAGGCCGUACAUGCACUGUUCAUAUAUACCGAGAAGUGGAAACUACUAGAAGAAACAGUUUGAUUUAUCACUCACUAACCAAGAAGGGUCCUUUGCAUGGAACCCCAAUCAAUGAUCAAUAUAAGCCGCUGGGAUAUCUCGACAGGCAACGUCUAGCCGCAAGGAGGAGUAACACUACUUAUUGCUAUGACUUCCCGUUGGCAUUUGAGACAGCCUUGGAGCAGUUGUGGGCAUCACAACAUCCGGGAGUUAAGAAACCAUGUAAGAAUACUCUUUUCAAUGUUAAAGAGCUUGUAUUCUCCAAUCCGGAAAGUUCUUGUACAUCUCUUAUUCCGGUUGAAAGACCACUGGGGCUCAACGAGUUUGGAAUGGUGGCCUGGUGCCUAGAGAUGUCGACUCCUGAGUUUCCUAUGGGACGGAAACUUCUCAUAGUCUCCAACGAUGUCACCUUCAAAGCUGGUUCUUUUGGUCCUAGAGAGGACGCAUUUUUCCUUGCAGUGACUGAACUUGCUUGUGCCAAGAAGCUUCCCUUGAUUUACUUGGCAGCAAAUUCUGGUGCCCGACUCGGGGUAGCUGAAGAAGUCAAAGCCUGCUUUAAAGUUGGAUGGUCGGAUGAAGUUUUCCCCGAGAAUGGUUUUCAAUAUAUAUACCUAAGCCCUGAAGACCAUGCAAGGAUUGGAUCAUCUGUCAUUUCGCACGAAAUAAAGCUUCCUACUGGGGAAACAAGGUGGGUGAUUGAUACGAUCGUUGGUAAAGAAGAUGGUAUUGGCGUAGAGAACUUAACAGGGAGUGGGGCAAUAGCGGGUGCUUACUCAAGGGCAUACAACGAGACUUUUACUCUAACCUUUGUUAGUGGGAGAACGGUAGGGAUUGGUGCUUACCUUGCCCGCCUAGGUAUGCGGUGCAUACAGAGAUUAGACCAGCCGAUCAUCUUGACUGGAUUUUCGACGCUCAACAAGUUACUUGGGCGUGAGGUCUAUAGCUCUCACAUGCAACUUGGUGGCCCGAAAAUCAUGGGCACAAAUGGUGUUGUUCAUCUUACAGUCUCAGAUGAUCUCGAAGGCGUAUCAGCAAUUCUCAACUGGCUGAGUUAUAUUCCUGCUUACGUGGGGGGUCCUCUUCCUGUUCUUGCCCCGUUAGAUCCACCGGAGAGAACUGUUGAGUACGUCCCAGAGACCUCUUGCGACCCACGAGCUGCUAUAGCUGGGGUAAACGACAAUACCGGUAAAUGGCUUGGUGGUAUCUUUGAUAAAAAUAGCUUUAUUGAGACUCUUGAAGGCUGGGCAAGGACAGUAGUGACUGGUAGAGCUAAGCUCGGGGGAAUACCCGUUGGGGUUGUUGCAGUUGAGACACAGACUGUAAUGCAGAUCAUCCCAGCAGAUCCAGGACAGCUCGACUCUCAUGAAAGAGUUGUUCCGCAAGCAGGGCAAGUCUGGUUCCCUGAUUCCGCGGCCAAGACAGCUCAAGCGCUCAUGGAUUUCAACCAGGAAGAGCUUCCAUUGUUUAUCCUAGCGAACUGGAGAGGGUUUUCUGGUGGGCAGAGAGAUCUUUUCGAAGGAAUACUUCAGGCUGGUUCAACAAUAGUAGAAAAUUUGAGAACAUAUCGGCAGCCGGUGUUUGUGUACAUCCCGAAGAUGGGAGAGUUACGUGGUGGAGCGUGGGUUGUUGUUGAUAGCCAGAUAAAUUCGGAUUACGUUGAAAUGUAUGCUGAUGAAACUGCUCGUGGAAAUGUGCUUGAGCCAGAAGGGACGAUAGAGAUAAAAUUUAGAACGAAAGAGAUGUUAGAGUGCAUGGGAAGAUUGGAUCAGAAGCUUAUCAGUCUCAAAGCAAAACUGCAAGAUGCCAAGCAAAGCGAGGCUUAUGCAAACGUCGAGCUUCUCCAGGAACAGAUAAAAGCCCGAGAGAAGCAGCUUUUACCAGUUUACAUCCAAAUCGCCACCAAAUUCGCGGAACUUCAUGACACUUCCAUGAGAAUGGCUGCAAAAGGAGUGAUCAAUAGUGUUGUGGAAUGGAGCGGCUCGCGGUCCUUCUUCUUUAAGAAGCUCAAACGGAGAAUCGCCGAGAGCUGUCUUGUGAAAAACGUAAAGGAAGCUUCCGGAGACAACUUAUCGUAUAAAUCUGCAAUGGGUUUGAUUCAAGACUGGUUCUGCAAAUCCGAUAUUUCGAAGGGCAGAGAAGAGGCUUGGACAGACGACCAACUGUUCUUUACAUGGAAGGAAAAUGUUAGUAACUACGAGUUAAAGCUGAGCGAGUUGAGAGCGCAGAAACUGUUGAAUCAACUUGCAGAGAUUGGGAAUUCGUCGGAUCUGCAGGCUCUGCCCCAAGGUCUUGCUAAUAUUCUAAACAAGGUGGAGCCUUCAAGAAGAGAAGAGCUGGUGGAUGCGAUACGGAAGGUGUUGGGUUGAUUAUGAAAGAGGUCUAGCUUGAGUUCCAAGAAAGAUUGUCCUUUUACAGUUGCUUGUCUCCUACGGUGACAGAAGCUAGUUGAUUGAAAUUAGAUUUGGACCAUCUUCGUUCUAUUUGUUGGCCCUAGCUGUACAUGUUGUUGUAGCAUUGUCAUUACCGUAUAAGCGAAUUCAUUCAACAUGUCAAUAUGCCUAAAUAAAUGUAUUUUAUAUUGUUAUGUAUCGUUAACUCCGUCACUCAACAUAAACCUCGUCUGUUGUUAACUCAACUUUUCACAUAUAUAU